AUGGUGAAGCCUGUGACUCUAGCAUUUGAACAUUCAGGCUGUCGACACUGCCUGGUGAAACUCAUAGACAUUGAAACUGUCUCCAAAUGCCCACUUUGCAAGGCUCCCAUCGGAAUAGGUACUCUUCACGUCAACAUUGCACUCAACGACAUCAUAGGAAAGUUUGAUGUCAAGUGUGAAAGUAGUGGCUGUCUAUGACAGGGACGUUUCACGAGCACAAGCAACACUGA